UCUGUCACACAUGUGAACGGAAAAACUAAAAUAAAAUGUUUCAACCAUCUCGGCAGCAGAUUCUCCGGCUAUAUAAACACCUUAUCCGAUACGGCAAUCAUCUGAAGUUAACGGACAAGAACUACUUUCUGGGGCGCGUGCGACACGAGUUCAGGGGCAGUCGCCAGUUGACAAGUCCCACGGAAAUCGAGUUCAACUUCAAACGUGGCGAGACACUGCUGAAGAAGGGACGCAUACUGUAGGUAUGAUACGAGCCUUGGUUUCCCGGCUGGCACUCCCUCCGCUCAUUGGGCGCAGCAAGUUCACUGCUAACUUGGAUUACACGCACUACCCAAAGCUGGAAG